AUGGUGGCAUUAGAAAUGUUGAAGAAUGGUUUUGAGCCUAGUCGAGGACUUGGAGCAAGGUUGCAUGGAAUAGUGGAGUCAAUUCCAUUACCAGGGCAGAGCAACACUUUUGGUCGAAGAAAGAAAGAUUGCACUGAGACGCCAACUAUUUGGGAUGCCGCACCUGGAGAUGCUUUGAACAAUUGGGCUUUUUCCAACGGAUCCAUCUUGUCCCCCGGUAAAGCAAAAAAAACAAGGAAAUUCAAAACAGACUUAAGUUUGAAGAUCAAAGAAGAAGUCUCCAAGCAAUUUAAGGCAAAUGUCAUCCGAGCCACGAAGUACCCCACCUGGUUGGCCAACAUAGUACCAGUACCAAAGAAGGACGGGAAGAUCAGAAUAUGUGUGGAUUAUCGGGAUCUCAACAAGGCUAGUCCAAAAGAUGAUUUCCCUCUCCCAAAUAUUCACAUACUCAUUGAUAAUUGUGCAAAGCAUGAGCUGCAGUCAUUUGUUGAUUGUUUUUCCGGCUACCACCAGAUUUUGAUGAAUGAAGAUGAUGCUGAGAAAAUAGCAUUUAUCACACCUUGGGGAGUGUAUUGUUAUCGGGUGAUGCCUUUUGGACUCAAGAAUGCAGGUGCUACAUACAUGAGAGCUAUGACAACUAUUUUGCAUGACAUGAUCCAUAAAGAGAUUGAGGUCUAUGUGGACGAUGUCAUCAUCAAGUCACGGAAGAGUUCUGAUCACUUGGUAAAGGAAGGGAAGGGGAAUUUGGGGUGUAAUUUUGGUGGUCAUCGGAGCAUCGCCGCUGGCUGCGAUGAUUUCCGGCCGACGGCGGACGGUGGGGGGACGGUGGCAGACGGAUGCCCGCUCAAGUACAUCUUUCAGAAACCUAUGCCUAUAGGGAAGCUAGCGAAGUGGCAGAUUUUGCUAAGUGAGUUUGACAUCGUGUAUGUUACUCAGAAGGCCGUCAAAGGACAAGCUUUAGCUGACCACCUUGCAGAAAAUCCUGUGGAUGAAGAAUACAAGCCACUUAGGACGUACUUCCCAGAUGAAGAAGUAUUAUUCGCCGGAGAAGACAUUUCAGAAGCAUAUUCUGGUUGGAGAAUGUUCUUUGACGGAGCCACAAACUUCAAAGGAGUCGGAGUUGGAGCAGUACUAGUUUCAGAAUCUGGACAACAUUAUCCAAUCUCAGCGAAACUUCGGUUUCUGUGCACUAACAACAUGGUAGAAUAUGAGGCUCGUAUACUUGGGCUCAGAAUGGCCGUUGACAUGAACAUCCAAGAGUUAUUGGAGUUGUGUAAGAAGUUUAUCAAAGUGGACUUCAAGCAUGUUCCAAGAGUUCAAAAUGAGUUCGCAGAUGCUUUAGCAACUUUGUCUUCCAUGAUUCAACAUCCAAACAAGAACUACAUAGACCCUAUCAAGGUGAAUGUGCAAGAUCAACCAGCUUAUUGUUUCGAUGUGGAUGAAGAGCCAGGCGGAGAAUCAUGUUACUGUGACAUUAAUAGGUAUCUCAAGACAAGGGAUUACCCUGAAGGAGCAACCAGUACCCAGAAGCGAACGCUUAGGAGAUUGGCAAAUCACUUUUUCCUAAACAGCAAAAUCCUAUAUAGGAGGACCCCAAAUUUAGGGCUGUUGAGGUGUGUAGAUGCCAGAGAAGCAACCAAGCUGAUUGAAGAGAUACAUGCGGGAACAUGUGGGCCUAACAUGAAUGGUUUUACUUUGUGCCAGAUUCACGGUGAUCUGAUUCAAGUUCCAUCGAAUGAACUCAAUGUGACGAGUUCUCCUUGGGGCAUGGAUGUCAUUGCCCCUAUUGAGCCCGCCACAUCGAAUGGGCAUAGAUUUAUCUUGGUAGCUAUUGAUUAUUUUACAAAGUGGGUAGAAGCCUCUUCUUACAAGUCAGUUACAAAAAAGGUGGUAGCAGAUUUUGUCCGCAACAACAUCGUUCGCCGAUUUGGAAUUCUUGAGUCAAUCAUUACAGAUAAUGGAGCCAAUCUCAAUAGCGACUUGAUGCAAGAAAUAUGUGACAAGAAGAUGAUUGAUAACUACAGGCAUUGGCACGAGAAGCUACCAUUUGCUCUCCUUAGAUAUCGCACUACAGUCAGAACAUCAACUGGGGCAACGCCUUAUCUUCUGGUCUAUGGAACUGAAGCUGUAUUACCCGUGGAAGUUGAAAUACCAUCUUUGAGGGUCAUCCAGGAAGCCAAGCUGAGCAAUGCAGAAUGGGUGAAGAAUCGGUACGAACAACUAAUGCUUAUUGACGAGAAGAUAAUGAAUGUAGUUUCCCAUGGUCAACUCUAUCAAAACAGGAUGGCUAGAGCCUUCAACAAGAAAGUGAAAUCACGGCAGUUCAAACCAGGGCAAUUGGUUUUGAAGCGCAUAUUCCCGCACCAAAAUGAAGGUAAAGGAAAGUUUGCACCAAAUUGGCAAGGUCCGUACAUGGUGCAUCGAGUAUUGACUGGAGGAGCACUGAUUCUAGCAGAAAUGGAUGGUGAAGUGUGGCCCAAGCCCAUCAACACAGAUGCAGUCAAGAGAUACCACAUCUAG